GAAUGCGGAGCCUUCACCACAGACAGCUCCGCGCUGCUCUCCCGGAUCCGUGUUGUCAGUUCGGCCGUGGCUCGGUGUAGGCGGUGCGGUGAACGUCAGCUCAGCUGCUAGCCAGCGAAAUGUUUUAAAUUUAUAUUUGCGUGUCGUAGUACGUAGUCAUUUGCAGGCGUAUUGCUUUCUUGUUCGUAUUUUGGACAACACUGGCUUAUAUAGCUAGGUUUACUCGCUAAACAACGUUUGUCACGUUAUUCUUUGAACAGCGGCACUGUGGUAAUCCAGAUUUACACAGAUCUUGACAGAGGAUGCUGGAAUCGAUAAAAGUGACAGAAAGACUCCACUGGCCAGAGAUAGAGAUGUCCAAAAAGUACAUCUUAAACUCUGCUGACAAGCCGCUGAGUCCAAGCCAAGUUUACCUGGAGAAGAUUUCUUCAGAUGUCCUCAAAGACCUUUUUAGCACCGGUUCCAGCAGCUUGAAUGUCCUGCUGCAGGCUGAGGAAGAGGAGAAAAAGAGCCCGAAGCAGUCGCCGUUCAAGAGGCCAAAAACAUCAGUGAAAUGUGGUGCCACGUUAAGUAAAAGAAACCGUCCAGGCAUGGCUCCCAAAAAGAUGCGUGCUCCAGAGGGUGGCGGGAAACCUGCACAGACAAAUCGUUUCCUCUCAGGUAGCAACUCCAACCUCCCCAAACCAGCACGGAACAUCACAGUAGUGGGCAGCACCAUGGGCCUUACCCCUCGAAUAGUACCACAGCUCAGGAAGAUGUGCAUCCCCAAUUCCCCUCGUACUAAACUCCCCUCAUUGCACAAAGCAGCAAUUGCGCGGGAAGUGGAAAAUGCCAAGAAGCUCUGUAUCCUUACAGCCAUCAAGCCAGCUAAUGUUGACAGAGAGAAGGCCAAGUUUUUCAAGUCUGACUUCAACUACAAUCCACAGUUUGAGUACAACAACCCCGUAUCCCCACUGGUCCUGGCGAGGCAUAACAAUGCCUCAGAUCGUUUUCUGACACAGGCAGUGCACAUCAUGGAGCUUGCCCUGCAGCGGUAUGGCAGCUAUGAGACGUUUGAGCAGGUCACUGGGGGCAACCUCCUCACCAAGAGUCGCAUCUGGCACAACGUCAAGAAGUAUAUGGAGAAGGAAGGCUGCUUGGGGGAGAUUGUAGUCCAGGUGACAGACGACCUUCUGUCCAGAGCCUCAAUGACGGUGGUGAACAGCAGGCCCACGCUGACCAUCAACGUUUCCACUGCCCGAGAGCACUGGCUGGAAGGCAUGCUGAGGCAUGAGAUUGGCACACAUUAUUUCCGUGGCAUCAACAAUUGCCACCAGCCAUGGAGCAGCAGUGUGGGCAGGAAGAAGCACAACCUGAAGCCGCUGAACCCAACAGAGGAGGGCCUGGCCAGCAUCCACAGUGUCCUGUUCAGGAAAGACCCAACACUGUGGCGUGCCGCCCUGCUCUAUUACACUGUCUACCAGGCUAGCCACAUGUCCUUCUCUCAGCUCUUCCACAAUCUGGGACGUUUCGUCCAGGACCCCAACACCCGCUGGGACUAUUGUGUUCGAGCCAAGAGAGGCCAGAUAGAUACAGCACAGCCAGGGUGCUUCAGUAAAGACCAGGUCUACCUGGAUGGUAUCCUGAAGAUCCUGAGAUACAGAGACAAGAUCAACUUCCCUCUGCUGAUGGCUUUAGGAAAGGUGUCCUUUGAAGAUGUGGACCGCCUGAAAGCGCUGGCUCAGAUGGAGAACGUCCGCAUCCCGCACUUCAUGCAGGACCAGGCGAGGUACGCCGAGCAGCUGACAAAAAUCAUGGCGGUCAACCAGCUCACAGACGAGGAGCUCAAGACCAUCAUCUGAGCUCAGUGUACGCCCCUGCACUAACCUGACCACACCCGAGUCAAGCCACUACCCGCUGUGGCCUGCAUGCCCCAACACCAUCACCGUGCAUGGUAACAGUGUGUGACCUGUGCAGUGUGUUGUAUUGCAUGUAGUGUAGGGUUGUGUUUUGACAGGAUAAUUCCUCUCAUCUGAUACUGGCUCUUAAUCAAGAAUCUGUUAUUUCACCCAGUCAUCACCAUGUCAGAGAACCAUGUCAUUGUGUUUUGUUUAGUUGGAAUACUUUUUUAACCAGUGCCAAUACAACAUCUGGAUUGCUGUAUCAGAUUAAGAAAUAAUACUUUUUCAAUACCUUACUUCACUGUUUCCUCGACAUUUACCAAGCAAAAGAUGCCAACUUUUAUAAUUUUACCCCGACAGUUUCUAAUACUCAGUUCAGUUUGUGGUGUGAUGCCCAGUCUUACAUUAAGGGGAAUAUUUCAUUAAUUGGUUCUUUCUAGCUACAUUAGCAUGGUUUUCAAAGGGUAGUUUUAAUAUCCCAUGAUGAUCUAAAUUAGCAAUGAGCCUGACUGAUGCUAGAUUGUUUUGGCUUAUAUCAAUAUUUGAGAUUUAACAUCUGAUGACUGCAUGUCCGCUGGUAUUUGUUUUUUAAGGUAAGCACAUCAGCUGAACAAACUCACUUUUGAUAUUAGAGAAUUGUGACCAAAAUAAGCGCUGAAUGGAAGAUUUUACAGCGGAUAAACACACUUGUCAAUUGUG